GCCAGUCCCACCAUUGACAUCGGAGCCAGUCCUACUAUUGACGUCGGAGCCAGUCCAAGAAAACGAUGGUGCCAGAACCAGUCACACCACCCAUGAAGAUAAUGUCACCGAUCUCAUAUUUCUACACCCUGAAGAUAUUAAAAAAAGAGGUUCGAUGAUACAGAAGAAGCCUAUGAUUUCAACUGGGACUACGGGUUGGUCAAAGGCUUUGACAUCAGAAAAUCAGACAUUGGUCGUGAUAAGAACCAAGUGAUGAUAUGGCGUGACUAUUUAUGCUAUGGUGAGGGAAAGAGGCGCAUGAAAAGCACAGAACGAAAGAGAGAAGCAAGAGGGGAGACCAGAUUUAACUGCAGAGCCAAGAUGCGUGUUAAACACGACAAGGUCGAUGGGAAGUGGUAUGUGCACCAGUUUGAUGAUGUACACACACAUGAAACGAUCCCCAGAGAAUAUAAGCACUACAUGAAAGGGAAACAUCGUAUGAGUGAUGCAGUCAAAGCAGCGAUAAAUUUUAGAAGAGCUGCAGGCAUGAAAACUUCUCAAAUUGUGAAUCUGGUCGUAUCAGAAGCAGGAGGCUACGACAAUUUGAGCUACACGAGGAAGGAUGCAUAUAAUUAUGCGGACAAAGAGAGGAAAGAACAAAUCAGUGAAGGUGAUGCUGCAACAGCCCUAGCCUACCUGCAAGCUAUAUGCAGCGCGUACUAUCAUUUCGUUAUUGAACUAAAGAAGGAUGAAGACGACCGGCUUAUUAACAUCUUGUGGGCUGAUAGUGUUUCUGUUGCUGAUUACGCAUGCUUUGGAGAAUUACUGUCAUUCGAUGCUACUUACAAAAGGAACAUUUACCAGAUGCCUCUCGUGAUUUAUUGAUUUACUUGUCCUUCACGCAUACAAUUAUCCUGAUCAUGCUAAAAUAACCCUAGCAAUUUGCAUAAUCUAACUUAUUUUGUACUUUUUUAGGUGUCAGCCACCAUUCGCAAACUUGCAUAUUUGCAUGUGCUUUCUUGGCUAACGAGAGAGAGGAAAAUUAUAUUUGGGUGUUGGGAGUUUUGAAUAGAAGGCUAGGCGGUGUAGAUCCCAAGACUAUUAUUACAGAUGGGGAUAAAGCAAUGCGUAUUGC